AUGCCUUCCACUACAUCGUGUCUCUCCUCGCCUAACACCACACCAUUCCUCAUCACCGUCCAGGAUGCCAUCUUGCUAGAAGACUCGGAAGGUUUCAGCAUUCUCCGCGACCAUCUCUCGAACGAAUGCUGCAACGACUUNUGCAAGGACCACGAAACAGAUGUUGCCGAAGACCAACAAGCCUGGAUCCUCAUGAGGGAUAUUCUCCACGCCCUACUUGCACCCGUUGUAGCACUUCACGAUCACACAACAAGGAUUGCCCAAAAGUACACCAAGGCCAUCAAGCCAGAGGAUAUCGAGUUUGCAUUCAGGAACAAGGGCCGCAACGCAUUUGUCUGGCUGACAUCCUUCUUGGCCGAUGACGCAGACUGGUGUCUCAGCAAGAACUGCCCUGCUUGCGUUGUCCAACACGCCUUGGACGCCGAGUUUCAGAUCAGACUGAUGAUUGCCGCGUGCAUGCUAUCUUGCGCAAAGGGCCCGGAACCUGGCGAUGGUCCUACACUCCCUUCAUUCGACUUCUUCCUCCGUUCCCUGCGUGAUGCUCUCAAGGAAGACGAACUGUGGGGCCCGGAGUACUACGAAUACGUUGAGCCCAAGGCCGAGGACUUGAACCUCGGAAUGCAGGACCUGAUGCGUCAGUGUGAGAAGCUCGAGCUGUCCAUGACACCACCUGGAACUCCGGAAGAUGUUCCCCUUCCCUCAUUCUCAUACUUCUCGGAGCGCAGAAUGUCCCUCAUGACCCCGACCAAGACGAUCUACCCGAGAAGGCAGUCCGUGGUGCCGGGCAUCACGAUCAAGCGUUCGAAACUGGCCAAGGUUCAGAUGAAGAUGGCAGAAGAAGAGGAACAGUGGCUUCAGUCUUUCGUCAACAACGCAUGGCAGACACUCAACCCUUUCCAAAUCGAGCUGCCAUCGAUAAACACGCUCGCACGCCGCAUGUCGCUCGUUGCAGGCCCCUGA